AUGGGUCCCAUCACAUCUCUCAUGGGUCCCAUCACAUCUCUCAUGGGUCCCAUCACAUCUCUCAUGGGUCCCAUCACAUCCCUCAUGAUCUUUCCUGAUAAUGCCCACUCCAGCCUAUGCCUGGGGGGAUCCGACAUCUUUGCAAAAGUCAGAGAAAACAGCCCCAUGGGUCAGUUCGUAGCAAACCUCAGCAUCUUUGGGGACCCAGGAGCCAACACCAUACGCUUGUGCCUCACCGGAGAGAACGCGGAUUGGUUGUUUUUAGAGGGACGGACCAUCAGGCUCAACGCCUCCUCUUCAAGGAUUCUGGAUCGAGAGGUGUAUGGCUCGAUUCUCAUGGCAGAACUGACCUGUUAUGAAGAUAACGUGAAACGGAGCCAGUACAGAAUCAUAGUGGAGAUACUGAACGAAAAUGACAACAAACCUCUCUUCCUCGAGAAGACAAUUCAACCGUUUUCCAUCAGCGAGCUCACGGCAGUGAACACUGUGGCCUUCACUGUCAAAGCCACUGAUGCAGAUGGAGACCUAAUCACCUACAUCAUCGACGAGUCAUUGCCCGACGCAAACUACUUCAGAGUGGAUUUGCCAAACAGCGGAAGAGUGGUGCUGGACAAGCCGCUGGACUACGAGACCAAGACCCAGCUGCAGCUGGUCAUGCAUGCUGUGGAAAGCAACACCGGGGAGAAGUACAAAACGAGUGUCAACUUGACGGUGAACAUCGACGACGGGGAUGACCAGUAUCCGCAGUUCCUCCCCUGCGUGCCGGCCUCGCGCGAUGGGAUAUUCCCCGUCUGCACGAACCCCGUGUACACGGCCAACAUCACGGAGAGAGACCAGGACAUGGUUCUGCAGUUUUCCCCUGGUCCUGUACAUGCAGAGGACGGAGACCGAGGCCUCGUCACUCCUCUCAUCUAUACCAUUCUUUCAGGUGCUGAUGGGAAAUUCGCUAUAGACAACCAAACGGGAGAGAUCACCUUAACCACACCUGUGGGCGACAGACAUCAGACACCAACGUUCACGCUACACGUCAUGGCGUCUCAGCUGAACGACCCCAUGAAGUACAGCGUGGCGAUGGUGGUGGUGAGAGUGCUGGCAGAGAACGCCUUCCCUCCUGCCUUCAACAGAACCAUCUACAAGGGCUUCGUCACCCAGAGCACCAGCCCCGCCACUAUUGUCACCACCUACGGCAACCAAGUGCUCCUUAUUCAGGCCAUGGACAGGGACUUCAAAAACGGGGUUAAUCCAAAAAUGCAUUAUUCCCUCCACCCCUUGUCGGUCAGUGAAGGACUGUACCGGAUCACCCAGGAUGGAGUUCUGGUCGCAAGGACGGACCGCCUACGAGCCUUUGACAGGCACAUCUUUCAGGCUGUGGCCAGGGAUGCCGACUCGGGCGAGGUGGUCACCGCUUCGGUGGACAUUGAGGUGCUGCAGAGGGGCCAACCAGCACCAUUCACCCUAGUCCAUGAUAGCAUGCAAAGGCUUGAAGAGAUAAGCAGCAGGACCACUGACAAGUUUGGGGAUGAAUAUGAAGCUGUCCGAAUUUCAAAUCUCAGCCUGACUGUUCCCUCUCAUGAAAAGACCACAGAGGCUGUCAGGGAGAAAUUUCCCAAGAGUCCAUUCACAGAGGAGCACCUCUUUGGGGACAUGGACACGAGGCUGGCUGGAGGAGUCGCGGGCAUUGCCUUGCUGUUCUUGGUGGUGGCGUUGUUUCUGAUAUUUCAGCUGGUCAGGAGUAGGAGAGGCAGACGGGACCCGGACAACCAAGGCGCUGUCGCCCUGGGAAAGCAUCCAAAUGUGGUGAGCUCGGGCCAACCCGAGUACUUGACAGAGGAGAUGUCCUACAGCAAUGAGGCGUUCAUCGGCGAGUACGUGUCCUCUCGCUCCGGAAGCCUUCACGGCAGACACGGGGUCUACACCAGGAAGCAGUCCCUACCCGCCGCCCUGUUGCACCCCCCCGGCAGGGAUGAGCGAGGCGGUUCGAGGCCCUCGGGUGGUGCCUUGCACUUUCCAGUUAUGCCGGAGCCACCGCCACUGUCCAGAGGCUCAGCAUCAUCCCUCCAGUCCCGUGACGUCACGUCUGAGGAGGCCGGUCAUAGCCAGGGCCCCGUGGUGAAGGACGCGCCACUGGUCGGUGUCAGAGAGGAGUCGGAGAUGGAAACCGAGUGCUCACCCGCAGUGAAACAGGAGUCACACUCAGUUCAGGGACAGACGGAAGGGACGUCAACGGAUACUGGCGAUGACGGUGGGGAUAGAGUAUAG